AUGCCAAACUUUGAGGACAGCAGCUUGGCUCACGCCAGUUUUGAUCCUCGGGUCAAACAGGCAUUGUUAUGUCUUCAUUACGGUUAUCCUACGGCCGUGUUUACCUACUACAUUAUUUCGACAACGCUAGCUGUGUGCACGCUGCAAACAAAAUCAGCACAAGAAAACCAUGGUCGUCGACGUUCUAUACUCUGGCUGCUCGUAUUCAUCAUCCUCACAUAUGUGUUGCAGCUCAUUGAUUUGGGUGUCAAAUCCUUCAUCCAACACGGAUUCCCUGCCGAGCAAGACGUUACCAUUGGCCUCCUUUCCUGUAUUUUGGUGUUUGGCGUUGAGUUCGCUGGACUCGUACACUCAAAAGCCCCCGUGUGGUACCCCUUCAUUGGAUCGUUCGUCAUGGCAUUGCUUCUCGAGCCCCUAAUUGCGGCCCUGUCUUUCCUUACUCGAUCAUCAUCCACCCUGAGUUAUUCCGAUAUCUUCAGCAUCUCCACCAUUUCCGCCCGGUAUCUUGCUCUUGCCCUAGCAGUAGCGGCUCACAUCACAGCUACUUGCAGCUUUAGGCGGGAGAAGGGUAGUGAUGCCGAGAGACAAGGGUUGCUGAAGGCAUCAAAUAGCAGUUCGACCACCGAGGUAUUCGCUAAUCAGGACGGUGACAACUCUACUAAUGGCUAUGGAUCUACCUCGACAAAUUCAACCGAUGAAAGCUCAUCCCCUCCGAAUGAUCGCGUCGAAUCCCCUUACGAACGACGACAGCGACAGGCAGCCGAGCUGAUGGAGAAACGCUUGAAAGAGAAAGGAAACUGGGUAACCUACGCCAAGAGCUUCAUGAUUUUCUUUCCGUAUGUCUGGCCCGUCGGCCAUCGAGGACUCCAACUUCGAGUCUUUCUCGUUGGCUGCUGCUUGAUGGCCAUGAACUUUAUCCAUGUGCUGAUUCCACGACAAAUAGGAAUUGUCAUGGACAGUCUUGGGGGAGUCAAUCACAAGGAUCCAUGGACACAGGUUCUCAUUUUUGCAGGCCUCAAACUCACUGCCUCCGAAGCUGGCAUUUCGCUGUUACGCCAGUGGUUAUGGAUUCCAGUUGAGAGCUACUCCACGUCUCGCAUCUCCACGGCUGCGUAUUCGCAUGUUCUCAACUUAUCAUCCGAUUUUCACGACUCCAAGAGCUGUUCAGAUAUAGAGAUGGCGAUCAUGUCGGGUACCAGCAUAUCAAAUAUGCUUGAGUCCAUUUGUUUUCAAGCUAUUCCCAUGCUCAUUGACAUGGGAGUUGCCUUUAUCUACCUCUCGGUCACAUUCGGCCCCUACGAGGGUUUCAUCACCAUUGCGACCGCAACCGUCUUCUGUUAUAUUACGGCGAUCAUGCUGUCAGGACUAAAGGAGGUUCGGAGGAGCCAAGUGAGCGCUUACUUUGAGGAACAUUACGUCCGUCAUGCCGGGAUUCAGGGCUGGUCAACUGUCAGCUCUUUCAAUCAGAUCAGCCAUGAGGAAACCCGCUAUUCCGACGCUGUUAACAACAACGUUGGGCAUUAUCGGAAAGUCCUUCUGGGGUACUAUCUGGCAUAUGCGUUCCAGUCGAUGGUCUUACUUUGCGGUCUUCUAGCUGGGGCUUUCCUCGCUGUAAGCCAGAUUACACAAGGGCAAGCGACUCCAGGCCAGUUCGUGAUGUUGCUGACCUACUGGUCUCAGUUGGUUUCCCCGCUUACCUUCUUUGCUUCGCUUGGGAAGAGCAUUUCGGGUGAUCUGAUUCGCGCUGAGUCCCUAUUGGACAUCAUGCAAAUGAAGCCGACUGUCCUCAGCAAAGAAGGGGCACCGCCACUCGACUUUCAAGGAGGACAUGUUCAAUUCGAGAACGUAUCCUUUUCCUACGACAAGAAAAAACCGAUAUUGAAGAGCGUCAACUUUCAGGUAGAUCCUGGAACAAGUGUGGCUUUCGUCGGGGCUACAGGAGCGGGAAAAUCAACAAUGCUCAAGCUUCUCGACCGCUUCUACGAUGUAACCGGUGGCUUAAUUAAGAUUGAUGGGCAAGAUAUUCGGGACGAGCUAAUAUCAACGUGUAGCUUGCGAGCCCGAAUCGGUGUCGUACCGCAGAAUUCUAUUCUAUUUGAUGACACAAUCAUGAACAAUGUUCGCUACGCAAAGCUUUCAGCCACUGACGAAGAGGUUUACGAAGCUUGCAAGGCAGCCAGUAUCCACGAGCAAAUCCUGACCUUCACAGACGGCUAUCAGACCCGUGUCGGCGAGCGUGGUGUCAAACUCUCCGGCGGCGAGUUGCAACGGGUGGCUAUCGCGCGUGCCAUCCUCAAGAGGCCUGCUAUCGUAUUGCUUGAUGAAGCCACGUCUGCAGUCGAUACCGAGACAGAGCAAAAGAUUCAGGAAGCACUCGGUAAACUAUGCAAGGGACGCACGACGUUCAUUGUUGCGCAUCGACUAUCCACUAUUAUGAACGCCGACAAGAUCAUGGUCGUUACCGGCGGAGAAAUCGUGGAGGAGGGAAGCCACGAAGACCUGAUCCGAGCAAAUGGGAAGUAUGCCGAGCUUUGGUCCAAGCAGAUCUUCAUCAAGCCGAAAGUGAAAGACGCUACUGAGGUCAAGCCAACGUCAGUAAAGAAGACCUCAGGCAUUGUCAAUGACUUAACCCCUGACAAAACCAAGUCGGAAUUGGUGAAAGUCGAAAGCUCUACGGCGCUAAAGAUUAGACCUGCUAAUCAGCAGCAAUCUCCGGCAACCGAGGCAAAGGACACUCCAAGCCAUCAGAAAGAGGUAUAG